GGCCCGAUAAGGAAAACAGGUCAAGUAUUCCGGGACGGAGGGAGUACCUUACUAAUAAAAACAAUCAGUAAUUGAAUACAGCUGGUGAUAAACCUUUAAAAUGGGCCACGUUUAUUGAUAAGUACGACAACACAACACGAGCCAGACACAAAAAAUGCUGGUUAUUGUUAAGAGUUUAGUUAUUAUCACAUAACACGUUUUAAUUAAACGGGUGUUAAGAGUUUUUCAACUCGGUUAUGCUCAGAACACGACAAAUUUAAAAUUUCAAGUUAUUGCUUUGUUUUGAAUUGUUGACUUGUUCAGUUUACCCGGAGCUCGUGGUCCUCGAGCUCCAUCAAUCCACAAUUUCCCUCGCGCAACGCGUGAUCUUUUCUUGCUGAAUAUAUAGCAAUUCUGUCUGGUUUUCACCGUACAAUCUGAGAUCGACACAUAAUGGAGCUUUCAAACCCUACCACAACCCCUACCUUAAACGCAACCCAACCCUUACGAGGCUAUUUCAUUCCAUUAAUCACAGUUCCAAGCCACAUUUCCAAUCUUGUUGACAUUGCUAAACUCUUCUCAUCACGGGGAGUACAUGUGACUAUCCUCACCACCCACCACACCUCCCUCCGCUUCAAACAAUCCAUACAUGAUUGGGGCUUCAAAAUCGACCUCCACAUCGUCGACUUCCCGUUCAGGGAAGUCGGCUUACCGGAAGGAGUGGAAAAUUACAGUGAUGCCACCCCUGAGCAAGCAAGCCAGCUUUUCCAGGCCUUUAUGAUGCUUCAGAAGCCUAUGGAGGAUGCCAUUCGGGCUGCUAAGCCCGACUUCAUCGUUUCCGAUAGGUAUUAUCAUUGGUCUACUGAUCUUGCACGUGAGCUUGCUAUUCCACGGCUCAUCUUUCAUGUCAGAUGUUAUUUUGCAUUGUGUGCUGCUGAGGUUGUUGCCAAGUUUGCCCCUCAUGAGAAGGUUGAAUCUGACACUGACCUCUUUUUCCUUCCUGACCUCCCUGAUACCAUCCACAUGACCCGUUUGCAGCUUCCCGAAUGGAUUCAGACCCGAAACAUGUUCACUGUUCUCAAUGAGAGAAUGGACGAGGCCGAUAGGGAGUGCUACGGUGUUAUUGUAAACAGCUGCUACGAGUUGGAGAGAGCUUAUGCUGACUUCUACCGCAGCAACUUGGGUCGACGUGCUUGGUGUAUCGGUCCCUAUCCGGUACACUGCGACAAGGUUGGUAAAAAGAAAGGAGAUGACAGCAAAAAACAUUCAUGUUUUGAAUGGCUUGAUAAAAUGGGAGAAGGAGAAGUUAUAUACGUGAGUUUUGGCACUCUGUCGUGUUUCAGCCCUGCUCAAAUCUCAGAGCUGGCUACUGCACUCGAAAUGUCUGGUCACCCGUUUAUCUGGGUAGUAAGGAAUGGUGAGAAAUUGUUACCUGAUGGAUUUGAAGAAAGAAUUACAGAGCAGGACAAAGGGGUGUUAAUAAAAGACUGGGCGCCACAAGUGAAAAUACUUGAGCACCCAGCUGUAGGCGGAUUUCUGACUCAUUGUGGAUGGAACUCAACUGUAGAAAGUUUAGCAGCAGGUGUGCCAAUGGUCACAUGGCCGCUUGGUGCCGAGCAAUUCUUCAAUGAAAAGUUGAUUAGUGGAGUUUUGAAGGUGGGGGUCGAGGUCGGGUCUGAGAAGUGGAGUAGGGGUAUAGUACCGAAUACUGAUAUGAUUGAGAAGGAUAAAAUAGAAAGGGCGAUUAAAGAGCUGAUGAGUAAAGAACCCGAGGCCGAGGAAAGGAGGCAGAAGGUUAAGGAGUUGAGUAAGGCUCCAAGAAAUGCGGUUGAAGAAGGUGGUUCGUCUCGUAACAAUUUAAGUGAUUUGAUUGAAAAAUUACAACGUUUAAAGGCGAAUGAAAUAUCAGUGUCCACAAACUCAGAAUAACCUUCUGCAGUUUAAAGUUCUUGCAGAAAUUUUGGAGCGAGCUUUUGAAAAAUGCCCUUCUUUAAGUGGCAAGUUGUUUACUUAGUCAUAUAAAUAAAUCUUCACUAGCUUGUGGGAUGGGGCAUUACACUAAGUACAUGUGUACUUAUUUGUGAAUGUUAUAAUCCUCAUAAUCAAGUCAUUUUUAUUUCAUUUAUUUAUUCGGUUUCAUCAGA